AUGAAUUCCCUUGUCUGGAAUUGUCGAGGGCUUGUGAACCCUUCGACAGUUCGUCAAUUGGUUUGGUUAGCCAAACAUAAGCGGCCCGAGGUGAUUUUUUUGAUGGAAACAAAGCUCUUGCAGGAGGAUUGGUGUUAUAUUCUCCCUCAAAUUGGUUUCAGUAAGUUUUUCUCUAUUGAUUGUGAUUGUGUGAAUGGUGGUCGUAAGGGUGGUCUUUGUUUGCUGUGGGUUGACGAUCUGUUGGUGAAUAUCAAAUCCUAUUCUUUUCAUCAUGUUCUGGCGUCUCUGGAUGAUGGAGAACAUGAGCCCUGGGAUUUUUGUGGUUUGUACGGUUGGAGUAUUACUGAUGAACAUUAUCUCAUGUGGGAGCUUAUGCUCUCCAUUCUACCCCAAGUUUCUGACAAAUGGAUUUGCGGGGGUGAUUUUAAUGAAACUAUGUUCCACUUCGAGAAGCGUCUUGGUCAGUUGAAAGCUGAUUCCAGACUUGAAAAGUUCCGCGAGACUGUGGAGGUGUGUGGUCUCCAUGAUUUGGGUUUCUUGGGUGAUCCGUAUACAUGGACGAACAAUCAAAAAGAGGAUGCGAAUAUUGUGGAGCGUCUUGACCGUAUUUUUGGUAGUGAAAGUUGGAUGUCUUCUUUCCCGGGGUUUGAAGUCUAUCACCUUCUUAGAAAAUCAAGCGAUCACUGCCCGCUUCUGCUUUGCCUUGAGAAGAAUUCAGAGGAGACGUUGAAUCGGCCUAAGCCGUUUAGAUUUGAAGCAAUGUGGCUUCGCAAUGAUAGUUGUAAGCCAUUCUGUGAGAACUUAUGGGCAGACGGCAGUGUGUUGACUACGACGGAGGAUAUUCGGAAUAAAAUUGAGAAAAUGGGCAGAGAACUGAAAAUUUGGGAAAAGAAUGUUUUUGGUCACGUGAGGAAAAGGUGUUCGAAGAUAAGGAAAGAUUUGGCGGAAUUGCAGACAGUUCAUAGGGAAGCUACUUCAAAGGAUGAGCAAAAGCGGUUAGAGGAUGAACUUGAUGAACUUUCAAAACAGGAAGAGUUGAUGUGGAAACAGAGCGGGCAGAUUGGAUGGCGGAAGGAGAUAGAAAUACGGGGUUUUUUCACAAGGUUGCUGAGGGGAGGAAAAAGAGGAAUCAUAUUCGUGAGGUUCAGCGUCCGGAUGUCGCUCUUUUCUGCGGGCCAUACUCAUAACCCUGAUGAAGUUCUCCGCUCCAUUAAUCCUGUUGUUACUGAAGAGAUGAAUUCAGAGCUGUCCCGCCCCUACACCCAUACUGAGAUCACCCAGGCUCUCAAACAAAUGCCACCUCUUAAGGCCCCUGGGCCUGAUGUUAAUACUAAUAGGCUGAAGUCGUGUCUCCCUUCUAUCAUUAGUGAGAGUCAGUUUGCUUUUGUCCCUGGUCGACAUAUAACGGAUAACGCUUUGCUUGCCUUUGAGAUCUUUCAUAUGAUGAAACAUAAUAAAGCAAAAGUUCAUGGUGUUUUCGCUUUUAAAUUAGAUAUGGCUAAAGCUUAUGAUCGAGUCGAAUGGAGUUUCCUUGAGUCUAUUAUGCUUCAUCUGGGUUUUAAUGCUCCUUUUGUGGACUUGAUUAUGCGUUGUGUGGCUUUUGUUUCCUUUCGUGUUCUUGUCAAUGGCUUUCCAGGGAACCAAUUUGAAGCUGGACGUGGGUUGCGUCAAGGUGAUCCUCUAUCCCCGUUUCUUUUCCUCUUUUGUGCGGAGGCCCUCUCGGGGUUGCUGAGAAGAGCAGAAACUCAGGAGCUGCUGCAUGGGGCUCGGUUAAGCAGAACGGCACCAAGGGUUUCUCAUUUAUUAUUUGCGGAUGAUUGCAUAAUCUUUGGAAGGAGUAAUGUGAAUGAGAUUGAUCUGGUGAAGAAUAUUAUUCGUGACUAUGAGGGUGUGUCGGGACAACUGGUGAAUUUGGAGAAAUCCUCCAUAUCCUUUAGUGGUGGGGUGGUGGAAGAGAGGCAGAUUGAGCUUUCUUGUCGGUUUGGAGUCACUCGGUCUGGUGCAAGAUCGACUUAUCUCGGUAUUCCAAGCACGAUUGGUAGAUCCAAAAGUGAGAUCUUCCAAAUGAUGAUUGACAGAACUCGUAAAAAGGCGAAGGACUGGAAAAGAAGAUUUCUUUCGGGAGCGGGCAAAAUGGUUCUUAUACAGUCGAUUCUCCAAUCAAUCCCGACCUAUAUUAUGAGUUGCUUCGCUCUUCCUGAACAAAUCUGCCAACAACUUAACAGUGUGGCUGCCAGAUUUUUCUGGGGUCAAAAGAACGAGGAAAGGAGAAUACAUUGGAGGAGUUGGAAGAAGUUGUGUACAUCUAAAGGGAAUGGAGGUCUGGGUUUUCGCGAUAUCUCCUUGUUCAACCAAGCGAUGCUCGCUAAACAAGCAUGGAGACUUAUUCUUAAUGAGAGCUCUUUAUUGGCUCGUUCUUUAAAGGCUAGAUACCACCCGAGAAAUGAUCUACUCUUGUCUAGUAAUGCUCAUUACCCGUCUUUCGCAUGGAAAAGCAUACUAGUUGGUAGAGAUUUACUGGUGAAAGGUAUUGCAUGGAAGAUUGGAGACGGAGCUCGUGUUAGGAUUGGGAUUGAUUCGUGGCUGCCCGAUGGUAAAGGACAAUUUGUGACUGCAAGAGUUGAAGAUAGGCACGAUCUGUUGUGUGCCAAGGACUUGAUGGAUUCGGAUGGUAGUCGUUGGAACAAUGAUAUUUUGAAUGAUAUUUUGAAACCCGGGGAUAGAUGGAAGCUUCAAGCUCAGAUCUCUAUACGCCCAAAUGAGAGUGACAAACCGUUUUGGCCAAGAGGAAAGCUUAAUACUUAUUCUGUAAAAUCUGGAUACAACUUGGCUGUUGAGCUUAAUCUCCGCGAUGAAGCCUCUUCUUCACGCUAUCUAGGAGAUCUCUGGAAGUGGAUUUGGAAACUCGAAGUCAUUCCAAAAGUGAAGAUGUUUAUGUGGAAAUGCUUAUCUAACUGCCUCCCUACGGCAAAGGCGCUGAGAAGUAGAGCUAUUGAGAUUGAUGGCCUGUGCAGACGAUGUGGUUCUUGUGAUGAAACGUUGGAACAUGCUCUUCGGGACUGUGGGUGGGUUAGCACCCUUUGGGCUGUUUCCCCCAUUCGUCUACAGCCAAUGGCGCAAGGAAUGGAGUUUCCCAUUGUGGAAUGGUUUGACAAGAUUAGAUCAUGCCCUCACAAUGAAAAUAAAGAACUAUCACAUAUUGAUGUUUUGAGAAUUGCUGAACGUGCUCUCUGGUCUAAACCUUUAUGUGCUGCUGCUCCUAAUCAUUCUACUCCCACUUUGAGCAACGAAGGGGAAGGUGUUUGCAAAAUUGCUUCGGAUGCUGCUAUGAAGGAGGGUUCGGGUGUUGGGAUAGGAGCUGUACUGAGGCAAGAGGAUGGCCUGCUGAUGGGUUGUAGGUUUGGUUUUAUGAGAGGAGCUUUUUCAGUGGUGGAGGGAGAAGCACUUGCUCUGCUUGAAGGGCUUAAACUGUGUAGGGACAAGGGUGUGCGGGAGGUGAUUGCAGAAACGGAUUGUCAACAGCUCUACUGGAUGCUCGCCCGACAAGAUAGAGAUCUGUCCUACCUGGGUGACACUCUUGAAAAAAUUCACUUAUUGAAAGGUUCGUUCCGACGAUUAGCGUUCAGCUGGACACCACGUGAAGGAAAUUCCACUGCUGAUUCCUUAGCUUCUUUUGCUCUUAGUUCUUUGUGUUGCUUAUCUUCUUUUGAUGUUCUUCCUGCUGUUGUGAACUCUACUUCUUGA